UGUUUUUGACGAGAAGGUGGUGUUUACCACUCUUCUUUUUUGUUACAUUUGUGUCAAGAGUGCUAGGAUAUGUGGAAACCGAGGAGUUUAUCAGUGACCUUGACAAGCCAGUACCAACUGCGAACGUCCAAGGAGUUCUGGGGAAGAAAGCAUCACUACCCUGUGACAUCCAACCCCUUGCUGCAGGAGACCAAGUCUCCAUGGUGCUGUGGUUUAAAGAGAGCGACGGGGAACCACUUUACAGCUACGACGUGCGCGGUCGCCUGGCCUCGCAGCCGAAACUCUGGUCUUCGCCGGCCGGCUUCGGGUCUCGAGCGUACUUCCGAGCGGGCUCGACGGCCGUGCUUCUAGUCGAGGCCGUGGCGGCUUCGGACGCGGGCCUGUACCGCUGCAGGGUGGACUUCAAGAACUCGCCCACAAGAAACAUGAGGCUCAAUUUUACAGUCAUCACGCCCCCAAACCGACCAGCGAUAGUUGACACGAAGACCAAAGACCAGACGCGCCUCCUGCAACCAUACAAUGAGGGCGAGACGUUGGAACUUAGCUGCGAAACCUAUGGAGGUGACCCUCGCCCCCGCCUCACCUGGUACCUCGAGAACACAGUCAUCGACGACUCCUACGAGCAGCGAGGCGAUGGCGUGACCGUCAACACACUGACGUUCCCCAACGUCGGUCGACAGCAUCUGAACGCUCGCUUGGUCUGCCAGGCCGCUAACACCAAUUUAGCUCCACCGCAGACUAAGAUGCUCAUAUUGGAUAUCAACUUGCGUCCCCUUACGGCGGUCAUCCUGAACAAAAGCGGUCAGCUCCGGGCUGACCGGCCUCAAGAAGUGGAAUGUCAUUCGACGGGCUCCAGACCUGAGGCUGUGCUGACGUGGUGGAAGGGAGGACGGCAGAUCAAGAGGGGAGUUAAAAACUUCUCAGAAUCCAACGCGACCACCAGCAUCCUCCACUUCGUGCCAGAAGCGGAAGACCACAAAGCGACGCUGGUCUGCCGGGCGGAGAACCCCAGGAUACCUGACGCUGUAGCCGAAGACAGGUGGACGCUCAAUGUGCACUAUGUCCCAGUAGUGACCCUCAGGAUGGGUUCCAGUCUGAACCCUGGCCACAUCAAGGAGGGCGAUGACGUGUAUUUCGAGUGCAACGUCAAGGCCAACCCGAGGAGCUAUCGACUCACUUGGUAUAAAGGGGACAAAGAAAUCACCCACAACGCGAGCGCCGGCAUCAUCCUCAGUGACCAGAGUUUGGUGCUGCAGAGUGUGAACAGGACAGCUGCUGGCGACUAUAGCUGUUUCGCUUCCAACAGAGAGGGUGGCGCUGCCAGCAACCCUGUAUCACUACAAGUCAGAUAUGCCCCAGUCUGCAAAAUAGUAGAAGAUGGCGAGGUCUAUGGAGCCUUAAAGCAAGAAACGGUCCAGUUGCUCUGCUCUGUGGACUCCAACCCUGCUCCAGUCAGCUUCACAUGGACCUUUAACAGUUCUGGAGAGCAAACACUGAUACCAGCUGGGUCAUACACAAAAUCGGGGUUCACUUCAACGCUCCGCUACACUCCAACUACGGACAUGGACUUUGGCACCAUAUCGUGUACAGCCACCAACACUGUGGGACGACAGGCGGCGCCUUGUGUAUACAAAGUUGUAGCUGCUGGCAAGCCGAUGCCACUACAGAACUGCUCAGUGACCAACCAAAGCGCUGUCGGUCUACAAGUGGAGUGUUUGGAGGGGUUCGACGGGGGACUCCCGCAGGUGUUCUAUAUGGAGGUGCUGGAACUACCUUCCUCGCUGGUGCAAGCCAACGUAACUUCAAACAGUUCCACUUUCGAAGUGGAGCUGGAUGGGAGGGCGAGCUAUAAGCUCAAGCUAUACGCCGCGAACGCCAAAGGCCGCAGCGACGCGGUGUCUCUAUACACAGUAGCUUUAAGAUCGCCCGACAAGUUUACUGGGCCAAGUACAACGCUACCAUUGUCACCAAUGCUAGCGUCUUUAGUAGCGCUCUCAGCGUUACUAUGUGCCGCCGUGUGUGGCGUCAUCACAGCGUUAUACCGACGGCAUAUGACGCGCCGACAUCAUAUGGACAAACAACCACCGUCGGCAAGCACCCUCUACAUGCAACGAAGCCUGGACUCCUUCUCCAAGCCUGACAGCUUAAACACAUACACUGCGACGCCCAAGCUCGACUACUCAAGUCAAUACGAGCUCAAGGAUGAAGAAGCAGAUCCUGACAUCAUCCCGUGUCACUAUGAUAAGAAAUGCAGCGACUACUGUAAGCAACCGCUGCCUCAGUCGGAAAGUGACCCUCUGCGGCUGUACUGUGAUCAACCUUUACCUCAUAGUAUGUCUUCACAGAGCAUAUCGGUGAUGAAUCGCGGUGUGACCGCGCGCAGUGCUGACAUCGCGUCAGCGCGGUUCCGGCCCGAAGUUGUCACCACCAGCAGAAAGGUCAAGGAGAGUUGCAUCUAG